UUGAAGGCAGUGGCUGAGCUUAUCCCUAGAGUAGAACAUAGGAUGUGUGCAAGGCAUAUAUAUGCAAACUGGAGGAAAAGGUACACUAAUCAGAAGCUUCAGAAAAAGUUUUGGAACUGUGCAAAGUCAUCUUGUAGGGAGCUUUUCAACUAUAAUAGAGCAAAGCUAGUACAAGAUACCCCUCAAGGAGCUAAGGACAUGAUUACCACUGCACCUGAACAUUGGAGCAGGGCAUUCUUCCAGCUAGGGUCAAAUUGUGAUUCCGUUGAUAACAACAUGUGUGAGUCUUUCAACAACUCUAUCAUGGAUUCAAGGUUCUUUCCAGUCAUCUCUAUGAAUGAGGCCAUAAGAUGCAAAGUUAUGGUUAGAAUUGCUGACAAUAGGACAAAGGCAGAUAAGUGGCAAGGUACAAUAUGCCCAAACAUAUUCAAGAAGCUGAAACUUAACAUUGAGAGAUCUGGCCAGUGUUAUGUGUUGUGGAAUGGACAACAUGGAUUUGAGGUUCAAGAGAAAGAGAAGAAGAAGUACACAGUCAACUUAGGACAGAAAACAUGCAGCCGCAGGUAUUGGCAACUAUUAGGACUACCAUGUUGUCAUGCUAUUAGUGCAAUAUACAAGGCAUCCAAACAAUUGGAUGACUACAUAGCAUCAAGCUUCUCUAUCUCAGAGUACAUGAACACAUACCAACAUUGCUUGCAGCCUGUUGAAGGGCAGGACAAAUGGCCAGUUUCUGACAUGACAAAGCCACAUCCACCUGCUUAUGUUAAAAUGCCCGGGAGGCCCAAAACUCAGAGAACAAGAGAGCCAACUGAGAAACCUAAGGGAGCUAAGGUAAGCAAGGUUGGCAUCAAGAUGAGAUGUAAAUUGUGCCACCAAACUAGUCAUAACAGCCGGACCUGUGCUCGGAAUAAAGAAGAUGGGAGUAAGAGGAAUGGUUAUAUCAGGAGGGAUGCUACAAGAAAACGGAAGCAAAGUGAGGCAACAACUUCUGCUGCUGCUACUUCAUUCACCAUGGGUGAUGUGGGCACCCAACAGAGCAUUAGCAGAAGCUCUCUGCCUCCAAGUGUUGCUGCUCCAAGCUCUGCUCCACUUGUGCAACAGAAGUGCAGGAAGAGGGCUAGACCAGCUUGAAACACUUCGAGACUUGCCCACCUACUGUUUUACUCUAGCAUAUGGAACUAUAACCAGCAUAUGGAAUUAAAACCAAAGAUGUGUGUUGGGGAAAGAUGAGAUAUUUGUUUUUUUAUCAGGAAUUAAAUGCAUCCUACUACAUGUCUCUUGUUUUGUGAGAGAUACUUGCUACUCUGCUUUGUCAAACCUGAAUGCUACUUAGUCAUUUUUUUCUACUUGUUUCAUGAAAGAUUGUGGAGCAUA